AUGGCUGACAGUGCUGCUUACAGACGUCUGAUUUCCUCCGUGAUCAAACUUCUUGACUCGAACAAUUACCAUGAAUCUGCUCGCACGCUGGAAAAAGAAUCUGGCUUCGUUUUCAACCUGGGGUACUUUGAACACUGUUUUGUGACGGGACUGCUCGAAGAGGCUGAGGACUACCUCGCCGGGUUUUUGCCGUACAUACACGAAAACGCCUACUGUGUCAAUGUGUUUUUUGAGCUCAAUUGGCAGAAGUUCAUGGAUGUGCUCGACCAGGGCGACCGGAUAGAGGCGAGAAGAAUCUUGGAUGAAGAUCUACGACCGUUCGAGCGGUACCAGCCCGACCUGAUCGUUUCGGCAAGUGAGUUAGCGAGCUUGGAGGAUUUCAGGACGCAUGAGGCGUUUAUGAAUUAUGGAGUUCCUGAAGAGGAGAGAAGGGAGAGGUUGGAGUUCGUGAGGACCAAUUUGGAGGCAAAUCCUCUUCUCGACGGAAAGAUUCAAUAUGAUCCCCCGGCACCUCCUCAAGCUUGACGCAAUUGGACCCAGCUUUGGUGAAAUAAAUUAGUUUUAGUUUUCUUAUUAGUUUAUGUCUUGGUGGCAUAAAUUCAAGGUUUCAACUUUUAAUUCAAUAAUGCAUAUAUAUUUGUGAUGUAUCUGCUAGACUG